AGCAAUGCGCCUUUGACGCGUCUGUUUUGCUGCAGCUCACAUGAGUUGAGGAACUCGACGGGAACAUAAGAAAGUUUUGAAGACUUGUAUGUAAUAAACAUCACAUUAAGGACUGAAGUCAGUUUCCCAUUAUGGGGACCACAGAGAGCCAUGAGAGAUCUUCAUCUCCUGAUCCCAGCUGUGUGUCUCUGAAGAGUGACAGAUCAAUGCCUCUUCCUCCUAAAUUCAGUGAUGAUCCAUUGACCUCUGACCCCAGGAUCUUUAGGAGGAAGAGAUCUUCAUCUCUUGAUCCCAGCUGUUUGUCUUUGAAGAGUGACAGGUCAAUGCCUCUUCCUCCUAAAUUCAGUGAUGAUCCAGUGACCUCUGACCCCAGGAUCUUCAGGAGGAAGAGAUCUUCAUCUCUUGAUCCCAGCUGUGUGUCUCUGAAGAGUGACAGAUCAAUGCCUCUUCCUCCUAAAUUCAGUGAUGAUCCAGUGACCUCUGACCCCAGGAGGAAGAGAUCUUCAUCUCCUGAUCCCAGCUGUGUGUCUCUGAAGAGUGACAGAUCAAUGCCUCUUCCUCCUAAAUUCAGUGAUGAUCCAGUGACCUCUGACCCCAGGAUCUUUAAGAGGAAGAGAUCUUCAUCUCCUGAUCCCAGCUGUGCGUCUCUGAAGAGUGACAGAUCAAUGCCUCUUCCUCCUAAAUUCAGUGAUGAUCCAGUGACCUCUGACCCCAGCAGAUCAGAUCAAGAGCAAAGCAAGUCUCGAGAAGUCUUCUGUCCGAAUACCACGAGCGUUACAGCGUCUCUGAAAAAACAUGAUCAACCAGUGAAUGAUGAACUGCAGAGAACCAAAGACCAGCUCAAAACCAGCAUGAAGAACAAGUAUGAGAGAUUAUUUGAGGGACUGAAACCCCGGGAGAAUGAAAGCCUCCUGAACAGCAUGUACACACAGCUCUACAUCAUAGAGGGAGAGAGAGAAGGAGUGAAUGAAGAACAUGAGGUUUUACAGAUGGAGAAAACUCUCAGAACACAACACUCAAAAGACACUCUAAUCUGCUACAAUGACAUCUUUAAAGCCUCACAAGAAUUAGGAUGUGAAGCGAAAGAGCAGAUCAAGACUGUUCUCACUAAAGGCAUCGCUGGAAUCGGAAAAACAGUCUCUGUGCAGAAGUUCAUUCUGGACUGGGCCGAGGGAAAAGCCAAUCAGGAUGUAGAUUUCAUGUUUGUGCUUCCAUUUCGAGAGCUGAACAUGAUUCAAGAUCAUCAGUACAGUCUUCAUAGACUUCUGCUGGACUUUCAUCCUGAACUUCAAGAUCUGGACUCCAAGAUUUAUGAGGAGUGUAAAGUUGUGUUCAUAUUUGAUGGUCUGGAUGAAAGUAGAAUCACAUUGAUGUUUUCAGAUGAUCAGAAAGUUUCUGAUGUAACAGACACUUCAUCAGUGGGUGUGUUGAUGUCAAAGCUCAUGAAAAGAGAGCUACUUCCCUCUGCUCUCAUCUGGAUCACCUCCAGACCAGCAGCAGCCAAUCAGAUCCCCUCCAAAUACAUCAACCGUCUGACAGAAAUACAGGGAUUCAAUGAGCUUCAGAAGGAGGAGUAUUUCAGGAAGAGAAUCAGUGAUGACCGUCAAGCCAGCAAAAUCAUCUCACACAUCAGAAAAGCAAGAAGCCUCCACAUCAUGUGCCACAUCCCCGUCUUCUGCUGGAUCUCAUCCACUGUGCUUCAGAAGCUUCUGGAGGAAGAUCUGAAUGCAGAAAUCCCUCAAACUCUGACUGAAAUGUACAUCCACUUCCUACUCACUCAGAUCAUCCUGAGGAAGCAGAAAUAUAAAGAGAGAGAUCCAGAGAAACUCCUGCAGUCCAACAGAGAAGCGAUUAUGAAACUUGCUGAAGUGGCUUUCAAUCAGCUGAUGAAGGGCAAUGUGAUGUUCUAUGAGGAGGACCUGAGAGAGAGUGGCAUAGACCUCACUGAUGCCUCAGUGUAUUCUGGGAUUUGCACUGAAAUCUUUAAGGAGGAACCUGUGAUAUAUCAGAGGAAAGUCUACAGCUUCAUUCAUCUGAGCGUUCAGGAGUUUCUUGCUGCUUUCUAUUUGUUUUACAUUUAUGUAAUGAAAAAUGUUGACACCCCAAAGUUUUUGGAUGUUGUUCAUAGUCUCCAUAGAGAAGCAAUAGAUAAAGCCAUUGAGAAUGAGAAUGGACGUCUGGAUCUGUUCCUGCGAUUCCUGCUGGGCGUCUCACUGGAGUCCAAUCAGAGACUCUUACAGGAUCUACUGGCACACACAGAGAAGAGCUCAGAGAGCAUCAGGAGAACCACACAGUACAUUAAAAAGAAGAUUAAAGAUGGACAUGAAGUCUCCACUGAAAGAUCCAUCAAUCUGUUCCUCUGUCUGCUGGAAGUGAAAGAUCAGACUCUGUCCAGAGAGAUUCAGGAGUUUGUGAAAUCAGACAAACUCUCAGAGAAGAAACUCUCUCCUGCUCACUGCUCAACAAUAUCCUACAUGCUUCAGAUGUCAGAAGAGCCAUUGGAAGAGCUGGACCUCAAGAAAUACAACACAUCAGCUGAGGGGAGAAGACGACUGAUUCCAGCUGUGAUCAACUGCAGAAAAGCUCUAUUUUCUGGCUGUGAUCUCUCAGAUCAGCAUUGUGAAACUGUGUCAACAUCUCUAAAAUCCUCAAACUGUGUCCUGAGAGAGCUGGAUCUGAUUAACAAUGACCUGCAGGACUCUGGUGUAAAGUUUAUUUCUGAUGGACUUAAGAUGCCAAACUGUCAGCUGGAGAUACUGAGUCUUGCUGUCUGUAAUCUCACUGCUCAGUGUUGUGAGAGUUUGUCAUCAGCUCUACAAUCCUCAAACUCUGUCCUAAGAGAGCUGGAUCUGAGUAACAAUGACCUGCAGGAUUCAGGAGUGAAGUUUCUUUCUGAUGGACUAAAGAAUCUAAAUUGUCAACUGGAGAUACUAAGGUUGUCAGGCUGUAUCGUCACAGAGGAAGGCUGUGGUUAUUUGUCUUCAGCUCUGGGUUCAAACCCCUCACACCUGAAAGAGCUGGAUCUGAGCUACAAUCACCCAGGACAAUCAGGAGUCCAGCUGCUCAGACAAAAACUGGAGGAUCCAAACUAUAAACUGCAGAUACUAAAUUUGGAUUAUGGAGAUGAGAUCAGGAUGAGAGCAGGACCACGAAAAUAUGGCUGUUUUCUCACACUGGAUCCAAACACAGCAUACACUAAACUCAGUCUGUCUGAGGGGAACAGAAAGGUGACACAUGUGGGAGAAAAACAGCCGUAUCCUGAUCAUCCAGACAGAUUUGAUGUGUGUUCUCAGGUGUUGUGUAGAGAGAGUGUGUGUGGACGCUGUUACUGGGAGAUUGAGUGGAGUGAAGGUGUGUGUAUAUCGGUGUCAUAUAAGAGCAUCAACAGGAAGGGAUCAAGUAAUGAGUCUGUUUUUGGAUCUAAUAAUCAGUCUUGGAGUUUGUUCUGCUCUCCUGACAUGUACUCAUUCAUACAUAAUAACAAACACACUGAUCUCCCUGUUAAGCCCAUCAUCAGGAAAAUAGGAGUGUUUGUGGAUCACAGUGCAGGAACUCUUUCCUUCUACAGCGUCUCUGACACAUUGAGCCUCAUCCACACAGUCCAGACCACAUUCACUCAGCCGCUCUAUCCUGGGUUUUGGGUUUAUUAUUCUGGAUCAUCAGCUAAACUGUGUUGAUGAAUCAGAAAAGACUGAAGAGAGAUUCUACCCAUAAUGCUUUGAGCUGCAUGAUAAAUUGGUAACAGUGAAAUGUUGUAGUCUCUUCAGGAAAUUAAUACUGCAGCUGAACUUCUGUCACUGAAAUAACAGAAUACAUGUGUCAUAGAUCAUCAUAUACAGUAGACCGUAAGAUCAGUGUGUGUGUGUGUGUUUACUUACAUUUGUUUUUUUAUUGUAGUCACAUCAAUUAUUUGUAUUAUUACUAUCAAAUUAUGUUUCAUGAAUUAUGUUUGUGAAAAUUAUGUCAUUAAUUUUUCUCUUUUGUUUUUGUGCUAAAAUAAUAAAACAUAAUGAGAAAUAAACCUGAGAUCAGAUUUGAAUUGA